AUCCGAUGAGCUCUAAAGUACAACUGAAUUUUAUCGAUGUUCCCUAAUUUUGGUGCAUCUCUGAAUGGACAUACUCCUGAUUGCGGAGGAAAUAAACCUAAAUAUGGAAAAAGGAGGGAAAGUGCAAUCAGGACUUUGGUAGCAGAAACUUUAGUCCUAGCUAAGACACAUGGAUACGUUGAAAAGAUAGAAAACGAACUAGAGGAGGAACUCCAACAAGACUCUUUACACCUACAUGAACACUUUGGAAAGAUCCGUCGACGGGGAUAUGAAUUUUUCAAAAGCAAAUACAUGCUUUUAACCCUAGUAAUUCUAUGCAUUUUCGACUGUGCAUUAGUGUUAGGGGAGUUAACUCUCGACUUGUACAAGGUUAAAGUUACCCUAGAAGAAACAGAAAGCUUUACGAAUAGUACACACUACUUUCUAGCACUCAUACGAGAGACAAACGAACAAAUUCUAAGAGGAAAACAAACUCAGGAAAUAUUUAACAUGCUUCUACAGGCGACAAUUCAUUGGAAUAUUUCUCAUUCUGAUCAUGAUGUGAUAAAUAAUUCCACAAAUAGUUCUAUACACUACAAAGUCCGAGUGAAACGGACAUUACCCAUGUCAACCAUUCAUCCUAUGACUGAUAUAAGCCCGGAUGUACGGACUAUGGACAGUAUGUUUGAUAGCACGGCUGUGAUACAUUCUCAUAAGGAAUAUAGUAUAGAGGAACACAUUGCUCAUAUUUUUCAUUUUGCUAGUGUCGCAAUUUUAGGUAUUAUUUCAAUAGAGACAAUUUUAAAAGCACUCUGUGCUGGUUCCUUUUUUUUCCAUAGACGUUUAGAGGUGUUUGAUGCAUUUGUUGUUACCAUUUCCUUCAUCGCAGAUACUAUUUUAUUAGUUGCCUUUCCAACAUACAGUACGAGAGAUUUUGUGUUUAUAUUGGCCUUUCUGUUACCAUGGAGAGUCAUACGAGUCGUUGACAGCUUAGUGGUAGCAGUAAAAGAUCAUGAGCAUUUUAGGCUGAAACUUUUGUACGGACGUAAAAAGAAAAUACAGAAUACUCUUAGAGAUACUGAAGUUAAAGUUCAAAUAUUUAAGUAUCAGUGUAAUGCUCUGAGAAGAUUAUGUUUAGCAGAAAAUAUUGAUGAAUGGAAGAUUGACCAAUGUUUAAAAGCGGAACAAAAGUUCCAGUCAACGCUUGGAAAGAGAAAGAACAAAAUGAAAUUAGAUAGCUCAUCGUUAUGUCUGAUAAGUGAAAACGAGACUCUGCCGUCAUCGUCUAGAUCUUCUCCAAGACCGUCAAUUCCAUCUUUGGAUUUUCGUGGUCUGAAGAUAAUGAAUGGAAACUCUGUAAAGCACAACGAAAACGACAGUAUUGAUGACGUUCAUGAAGUCUAACUUUUAUAGUUUGACUGUGAAACUUCAUUCAAACGUUGACUGAUGAAAGUAUGAUUGUUUUAGUACAAUAUGUUAUAUGUUGUUUCUUUAAUUCUUUAUUUCUUAAUUACAAUUUAAGACUUUUUUUUUAAUUCGACGUGUUUCAUUAAUUUAUUAUAUUAACAAAGAGGCUGUUUAAUGUGCACACGGACCUGAAUUACCUCUUAAACUACUUCAACUAUAUGUAAUUAUCUUCCUCUAAAUAUUUUGUACACAAUUCACCGUAGGAUUGACUGGGAAAGUUGUAAGAAGAAACCUUUAAACUACGCUUAACAAGCUAACAGACACAAAAUUAUUCUUAAUCUCCUGUGCUGACAUGAAAAGUCAUGGAUAUGGUCAAAUUCAGGAAUUAACUGUUUACUAAAUGUUUAAUUGUUCGGAAUACUCAAGAUUUUCUAUCCCAGGAAUAGAUAACAUUAGCUGUAUUUGGAAACAUAUUUUGGAAUUGUGGGUUCUUUAAAAG